AUAAUUUUAAGUUUUGUACGCCAAUCACCACUCCACCCCAGUUGAAAGUCUGUGUGCUGAUCGAGUUCUUGAGAUCAAGAGGUGAGAAAAUGGCUUCCAUGACCAUGACAGCCUCAUUCCUCGGUGGCUCAGCCAUCACCAAGCCACUUCCCACCGCUGCGGCCGGUCGCCGGGGAGCCCUAGUGGUCAAGGCUUCAAAGGUGUCUGAGGGUGAGAAGAUGGUGGUGAACAACAAGGAAGAAGGCAGCAACGGAAGGAGGGAUUUGGUGUUUGCUGUUGCGGCUGCUGCUGCAUGCACCCUUGCUAAAGCUGCCAUGGCCGAUGGGAUAGAGCCAAAGCGUGGAAGUCUUGAAGCCAAGAAGAAAUAUGCACCUAUUUGUGUCACAAUGCCUACUGCCAGAAUCUGCCACAAAUGAGAAACUUCUUGAUUCUAGCAAUAUAUAUAUAUAUGUAUAUAUAUUUCUUGGUGCUUAUUUGUUGAUUUGGAAGUAUCAGAGAGGAAUGUAAAACCUUAUCCUUCUCAUAAUGCUAAUUAACGCUUCUCAAUUCUAGAGAAAUAUUUUGGAUUCUCAUUG